GAUAAUUCCGCGGUCACACUGCUCGACAAAGCGCGCCUUAUUUUUUCGCAUCAAUUUUCGCAAUUUCCAUGAGUUCAAUUUAUUUAUACACAUACACCAUUUAUUAUGGACGCCAAGCGUAAAUUUAAUAGCAACACUAAUGGACAGGCCAAGAAGUUCAGGAAUCCCGACGAAGAUGAGGAAAUGGACUUCGAGGCGGAGCUGGCAGCCUUUGAAAACAGUGAAGAGCUGGACCAGACUCAGCUCCUGGGCGACGGGCCCGAGAAUCAACAGACCAGCGAGCGAUGGUCACGGCCAGCCGCACCGAAGCUGGAUCCCAGCAAAGACAACUUGCAGUUCCAGCAAUUGGAUGUGGAGAAUUAUAUGGGCCAGCCGCUGCCAGGCAUGCCCGGUGCACAGCUGGGACCCGUGCCGGUGGUGCGCAUGUUUGGCGUGACCAUGCAGGGCAACUCUGUGUGCUGCCACGUGCACGGCUACUGUCCGUAUUUCUACAUCGAGGCACCCGCGAGAUUCGAGGAAUAUCACUGCGAGAAGCUGCAAAAGGCGCUGGACCAGAAGACCAUUGCCGAUAUACGCAACAACAAGGACAAUGUCCAGGAGGCAGUGCUGAUGGUGGAGCUGGUGGAGAAGCUCAACAUUCAUGGCUACAACGGAGACCAGAAGCAGAGGUACAUCAAGAUUACGGUGACGCUGCCCAGGUUUGUGGCUGCCGCCUCGCGUCUGCUCAAGAAGGAGGUGAUCAUGGCCGAGAUUGACUUCCAGGACUGUCGCGCCUUCGAGAACAACAUUGACUUUGACAUACGCUUCAUGGUGGACACUGGCGUGGUGGGCUGCAACUGGAUCGAGCUGCCCCAGGGCCAGUGGCGGCUGAGGGGAGGCAACAGCAAGCCGCUGCCCGAGUCCCGCUGUCAGAUUGAGGUGGAUGUGGCCUUCGACAGGUUCAUCUCGCACGAGCCCGAAGGCGAAUGGUCCAAGGUGGCCCCCUUCCGCAUUCUAUCCUUUGACAUUGAAUGCGCUGGCCGCAAGGGCAUCUUCCCGGAGGCCAAAAUGGAUCCCGUCAUACAGAUCGCCAACAUGGUCAUACGCCAGGGCGAACCAGAGCCCUUCAUCCGCAACGUCUUCACCCUGAAUGUGUGUGCCCCGAUCAUUGGCAGCCAGGUGCUGUGCCACGACAAGGAGCACCAGCUGCUGGACAAGUGGGCAGCGUUUGUGCGCGAAGUGGAUCCGGACAUCCUCACCGGCUACAACAUCAACAACUUUGACAUUCCCUACCUGAUCAAUCGGGCGGCCCACCUGAAGGUGAAGAAUUUCGAGUAUCUGGGCAGGAUCAAGAACAUACGCUCGGUGAUCAAGGAGCAGGUGCUGCAGUCCAAGCAAAUGGGUCGCCGCGAGAAUCAGUAUGUGAACUUCGAGGGCCGCGUGCCCUUCGAUCUGCUGUUCGUCCUGCUGCGGGAAUAUAAACUCCGUUCGUACACCCUCAACGCGGUCAGCUAUCACUUCCUGCAGGAGCAGAAGGAGGAUGUGCACCACAGCAUCAUCACGGACCUGCAGAACGGGGACGAGCAGACGCGUCGCCGCCUGGCCAUGUACUGCCUGAAGGAUGCGUAUCUGCCGCUCCGCCUGCUGGAGAAGCUCAUGGCCAUAGUCAACUACAUGGAGAUGGCCAGGGUGACGGGCGUCUCGCUGGAGUGUCUGCUCACCCGCGGACAGCAGAUCAAGGUGCUCAGCCAGCUGCUGCGCAAGGCCAAGACCAAGGGCUACAUAAUGCCCUCGUACACGCCGCAGGGAUCGGACGAGCAGUACGAGGGAGCCACGGUAAUCGAGCCGAAGCGUGGCUACUAUGCCGAUCCCAUAUCCACGCUGGAUUUCGCCUCGCUGUAUCCCAGCAUCAUGAUGGCCCACAAUCUCUGCUACACCACCCUGGUGCUGGGCGGAACGCGGGAGAAGCUUCGCGAGAAGGAUGGCCUGCAGGAUGAGCAAGUGGAGCGCACGCCGGCCAACAAUUACUUUGUCAAGUCGGAGGUGCGUCGAGGUCUGCUGCCAGAGAUCCUGGAGUCCCUGCUGGCUGCCCGUAAGCGGGCCAAGAAUGACCUCAAAGUGGAGACGGAUCCGUUCAAGCGCAAGGUCCUCGAUGGCCGGCAGCUGGCGCUGAAAAUCUCAGCCAACUCAGUGUACGGCUUCACCGGCGCACAAGUGGGAAAGCUGCCAUGCCUGGAGAUCUCCGGCAGUGUCACAGCCUACGGCAGAACCAUGAUAGAGCUGACCAAAAAUGAAGUGGAAUCUCACUACACCCGCGCCAAUGGCUAUGAGAACGAUGCCGUUGUCAUCUACGGCGACACCGACUCGGUGAUGGUGAAUUUUGGCGUCAAGACGCUGGAGCGCAGCAUGGAGCUGGGCAGGGAGGCGGCGGAGCUGGUGAGCGCCAAGUUUGUGCACCCGAUAAAGCUGGAAUUCGAGAAGGUCUACUACCCCUAUCUGCUGAUCAACAAGAAGCGCUACGCGGGAUUGUAUUUCACGCGGCCGGAGACCUACGACAAGAUGGACUGCAAGGGCAUCGAGACGGUGCGGCGGGACAACUCGCCGCUGGUGGCCAACCUGAUGAACUCCUGCCUGCAGAAGCUGCUCAUCGAACGCGAUCCGGAUGGAGCGGUCACCUAUGCCAAGCAGGUGAUUGCGGAUCUGCUCUGCAAUCGCAUUGACAUCUCCCAGCUGGUCAUCACCAAGGAGCUGGCCAAGACGGACUACGCGGCCAAGCAGGCGCAUGUGGAGCUGGCCGCCAAGAUGAAGAAACGCGAUGCGGGCACAGCGCCCAAGCUGGGAGAUCGGGUUCCCUAUGUGAUUUGUGCGGCGGCCAAGAAUACGCCAGCCUAUCAGAAGGCCGAGGAUCCGUUGUAUGUCCUGGAGAACAGUGUGCCCAUCGAUGCCACCUACUACCUGGAGCAGCAGCUAUCCAAGCCCCUGCUGAGGAUAUUCGAGCCGAUCCUGGAGAAGGCAGAGUCCAUCCUGCUCAAGGGCGAGCACACACGCACCCGCACUGUGGUGACGUCCAAGGUGGGCGGCCUGGCCGGAUUCAUGACCAAGAAGACUGCGUGCCUGGGCUGCAAAACGCUGAUGCCCAAGGGCUAUGAGAAGGCGUGCCUGUGCCCGCACUGUGAGCCGCGCAUGAGCGAGCUCUACCAGAAGGAGGUGGGCGCCAAGCGUGGACUCGAGGAGACCUUUGCCCGCCUCUGGACCGAAUGCCAGCGCUGUCAGGGAUCACUGCACGAGGAGGUCAUCUGCUCGAAUCGCGACUGUCCCAUCUUUUACAUGAGACAGAAGGUGCGCAUGGAGCUGGACACACAGGAGAGGCGUGUGCUGAGAUUUGGCCUGGCCGAAUGGUAGCUGGUGUCCAGGAGGUUGGAUACAAAUGUUGGGAUUUGUUUAAUCCUAUAAUUUAAUAAUUAUAUUA